AUGAGUCAAAAACGCCAAGCAAGUCAUAGUGGAGUGCCUAGUAGUAGCAGUACCACUAGCAGUAAGAAAACCAGGAAAACCAUUAGUUUGGGUACUAAAUUAGAUGUUUUAAGGCAUUUUGAUGCAGGUGAGCGUGCGGUAGACAUUGGCAUCACUCUAGGUCUCACUCCGACCACUGUGAGAACAAUUCGGAGUAAUGCCAACAAGAUCAGGGCUAGUGCUCGGUGUGUAACACCGCUUAGUGCUACUAAAAUAAGUCGAUCAAGAAGUAGUUUGAUGGAAAACAUGGAGCGUCUUCUCUCAGUGUGGAUAGAGGACCAAAACCAGCGGAACAUACCUCUAAGUUUGCCUGUGAUACAAGCUAAGGCAAAAAGUUUGUAUGACAAAUUAAAGAGAGACCAAGGUGAAGGAUCACAGACAGAGAUGUUCAUGGCAAGUCGGGGAUGGUUUGAUCGGUUCAAGAGGCGCUUCCACCUGCACAACAUGAAGAUGUCCGGUGAGGUGGCUAGUGCCGAUACUGCAGCAGCUGAAAAAUUCCCAGAGUAUCUCAAGAAAAUAAUUGAGGAAGGAGGCUAUUCACCUAAGCAAGUCUUCAAUGUCAAUGAAACGAGCCUCUACUGGAAGAGGAUGCCUGAACGGACUUACAUUUCCCGAGAGGAGAAGACAGCGCCUGGAUUUAAAGCAGCUAAAGCCUGCCUAACCUUACUUCUAGGUGGUAAUGCUGCUGGAGACAUGAAGAUGAAACCGCUGACAGUGUACCAAUUUGAAACACCACGAGCUCUCAAGGGAUAUUCAAAGGAAGACCUUCCGGUCAUUUGGAGAUCCAAUAAGAAGGCAUGGAUAACUGGAGCUAUUUUUUCAGAAUGGCUGACUCUCUAUGCCGUCCCUGCAUGGAAGGAAUACUGUACCAACGAAAAUCUUGAUUUCAAGAUUUUAUUACUUAUUGAUAAUGCACCAGCUCAUCCAAUCAAUCUGGACGACCUGUGCGAAAACGUCACAAUUGUCUUUCUGCCACCUAACACCACAUCACUCAUCCAACCCAUGGACCAAGGAGCCAUCUCUGCAUUUAAGGCAUAUUACUUACGCCGUACUUUCGACCAGCUCAUCAGAGGCACUGAUGGAGAAGGCAAGCCUACGAUUCGGCAAUUUUGGCGUGACUACAACAUCCUCAAGUGCAUCAAUAACAUUGGUGAGUCCUGGGCUGAAGUUACUCAGGCAUGCAUGAACGGUGUGUGGGGGAAGUUGUGGCCUGAAUGUGUCAAUGACGUAAAAGGAUUUAAAGAUGUUGUUCCUGCUAUGAAGAAAGAUAUUCUCAGCUUGGCCAAGAAAGCGGGUUUUGAUGAGGUGGAAGAAGCCGACGUUACACAACUUCUGCAGUCACAUGGAGAAGAGCUAACCAAUGAAGAUCUGAUGCAACUAGACAUGAUGAGAGCAAUGGAAGACGAGGGCCAAGAAGUAAAAGAAGAACCAACCCAUCAAAAUUUGACUGCCAAACGUCUUUCUGAAGCUUUCCAAAUGAUUGAAGCUGGCUUGCAGAUCCUUAGUGAUGACGAUCCUGACAGGGAACGCAGCUCCAAAGUGAUUAGGGGAGUUGGUCAUCUAAUGACUUGCUAUAAAGAAAUUUACCAAGAAAAAAAAAGGAAAGCAAAACAACCAUCUCUAGAUAUGUUUUUUCGAGUUGUGACGGUUAAGGAAGAACAGCAAGAGGAGCAGCCGGACGAUCUACCCUCUUCCACCUCUGACUCCACCAUCUCAACCAAGCUUAACAAUCAUCAUUGCUGA